GGCGCCUCAAUCAACUGGGCUGCCACGUAAUGUUGUGUGUCGCGUCGAUGAGGUACGUCUUUCCGACAAUUAACGGCGAAUUACACCGUAAAAAGUGCAAUGCACGUCUCUCAGCGCAGUGAGGUCUAAAAUUUGCUUUCUCGUUCCCGUUAUAACCUCGUCAAAGGUGACGUUUGGAAAUCAGCAAUAUGUCUCAACCAAUAGACUAUCAAUACCGUUCGUAUGGUAAUGAGAGUAACUUAAAAAGUGGUAAUCCUCAAAUGGUAAAUGGACAUCCAAAUGCUGCGCAUCACAAUGGCAUGCAACCAACUAAUUAUAAUUUCACGGGUACCCCAUCCUCACAGUCAUCACGAGAUCCAUCCAGAGAAACAUCAAGAGAUCCAUCUCCAACUCCUUACCUUUACAACCAAUACAGGCCACCUUUACAACGUUUACCAAUGCCUCCUCCGAUCAAUGGUCAACAAACCCCAAUGAAUCCUGUAAUGCCACCGCCAAUAAGGUUACCCCAAAAUCAGCAAUAUCCACCUAUGUAUAAUGUCCAGAAUCAAUUUCAAGUGCCAUUGACACAAAAUCAAGCACCCUUGAAAGAUGAAUUAAUAAAUUCUCAAAUGGAUCCAUCGAAAUCAGCAGCUGGAGUCGAACAAAAUUUGCAGCAGAGUUUACCAUUGGAAUCGAAACCUUAUAAAAAUGAGAAUCAGGAUAGCGUACAGGGUGUGCAAUCAUUUGUGCAAGAACAAAAUGUGUUUCCAAAUCCUAUACAACAGCCUAGAGGACAAAAUGUUUACCAACCAAAUUUUGGAGGUCAAAGAAUGUAUGCAAAAAAUGCACAUGGUAUACAACAUGCUGCCACUGUACCAAAUACAAUGUCUUACGGAGCAGUUGGUAGUGGGCAAAUGCAAAUGAAGACUCCAACCACGGUCGCAGGAUUUCCUGGGCAAAGAAUGUAUCAAAGUCAGCCACCAAAUCCGAUGAAUAUACCACCAGAUUCGAUGAACAAACGAUAUCCAGAAUCAUAUCCUGAUCAAAUGAAUCAAUUGAACAACCAAAUGAAUCUGAUGUCUGUUGCACAAAGCGGAUACAACAAAUUAUGGGGAAUGGAGACCGUCGAUCUCUUGCAAUGCAGGAAUAUUUUACCUCCACAGAAAGUCGAACUACCAAAAAUCAAACUUCAUCAAGAGUUUUUAGACAGCGUUAAUUGCAGUCCAGACAUCUUUCGGUGCACACUCACGAAGAUUCCAGAAUCGAACUCUUUGCUGCAGAAAUCGAGAUUGCCCCUGGGAGUUUUAAUACACCCCUUCAAAGAUUUAAAUCACUUACCAGUAAUACAAUGUAGCACAAUAGUGCGAUGUCGUGCUUGUAGAACAUACAUCAAUCCAUUUGUAUACUUCAACGAUUCAAAAAGAUGGAAAUGCAAUCUGUGUUACAGAAUAAACGAAUUACCAGAAGAAUUUCAAUUUGAUCCUGUAACUAAAUCUUACGGAGAUCCAUCAAGACGACCAGAGGUGAAAACUAGUACAAUCGAAUUUAUUGCACCUAGCGAAUAUAUGCUACGACCACCACAACCAGCUGUGUAUCUAUUUGUUUUGGACGUUUCGAGACUAGCAGUGGAAAGCGGUUACUUGAAAAUAGUGUGCAACGUAAUUUCAGAGGAAUUGUCGAGGCUACCAGGCGACGGUAGAACACAAAUUGGAUUCUUGGCGGUAGACUCUGCGAUACACUUUUUUAGCAUACCCGACAACGUGUCGCAACCUCAGGAAAUGAUUAUGCUAGAUAUAGAUGACGUGUUUCUUCCGUGCCCGGAAAAUCUGAUAGUCAAUUUGAAGGAACGUGAGGAAUUAUUGAGAGAUUUAUUAGCCCAAUUACCUUCGAAAUUUCAAGGAACUCAUGAUACAAAUAGUGCUUUAGGUGCGGCAUUGCAAGCUGCGUAUAAACUUAUGUUACCAACCGGUGGACGUGUGACCGUUUUCCAGACUUGUCUACCAAAUAUCGGUCCUGGACUUUUACAACCAAGAGAAGACCCUAAUAGCAGAGCGAGUAAAGACGUUCUACACUUAAAUCCUGUUACGGACUUCUAUAAGAGAUUGGCAUUAGAUUGCAGUGGACAACAAAUUGCUGUAGAUUUAUUUCUAUUAAACAGCCAAUAUUGUGAUUUAGCCACUCUUUCGGGUAUGUGUAAAUUUUCGGGAGGUUGCAUAUAUCAUCUUCCUUUAUUCCGAGCCUCGAAACAACAGAGCGCAGAUACCCUCGACAAAAUACUGAGACGUUAUCUUACCAGAAAGAUUGGUUUCGAGGCAGUAAUGAGAAUACGUUGCACACGUGGCUUGAGUAUUCACACUUUCCAUGGAAACUUCUUUGUGAGAUCGACUGACCUUCUCAGUUUGCCUAACGUAAAUCCAGAUGCUGGUUUCGGAAUGCAAAUUUCUAUAGAAGAGAGUCUUUCGGAUGUUCAGAACGUGUGUUUCCAGGCAGCUUUGCUUUAUACGUCCAGUAAAGGUGAAAGAAGGAUUAGGGUGCACACAUUGUGUUUACCGGUGGAGUCUAAUUUGUCAAAUAUCUUGCAUUCUGUUGAUCAACAAUGCAUAGUAGGCCUACUUUCAAAAAUGGCUGUAGAUAGAUCUCAACAGUCCUCUUUAUCUGAUGCAAGAGAUGCUUUGAUAAACGUGGCCAUAGAUGUGUUAUCAGCCUGCAAAUUAUCUCAAUCGGUGUCUUCUGGAUCGCUUUUGGUGCCAGGAAGCUUGAAACUACUGCCUCUUUAUAUUAUUGCUUUGCUCAAAUCCGUUGCCUUCAGGUCAGGAAUGAGUACAAGACUUGAUGAUCGGGUUUUCGCGAUGUGCCAGUUGAAAACUUUGCCCCUAUUUCAAUUGAUCCAAAUGAUUUAUCCGGAUCUCUAUCCUGUACAUGAACUCGAAGAUCAACCUACAAAGGAUAUCGAUGGGAAACUUUGCCCACAGCCACCAAGACUCCACCUUUCUGCCGAGAUGAUUCAUUCAAAAGGAGCCUUUUUGAUGGAUGCUGGGGACCGAAUAUUUAUCUUAAUUGGGAAAAAUAUUCAUCCCGCGUUUUGUUGCAACGUACUUGGAGUCACUGGUUUUGCUUUGAUACCGGAUGAAAUUUACGAGCUACCAGAGAUCGAGACAGCAGAAAGCGAAAGAUUACGCAAUUUUGUAUUUAGUUUGCAAGAAGAGAAACCCUACCCUGCUUCCGUACAAAUUAUCCGGGACGAUAAACACUAUAGGACGCUUUUUGUUGAACGAUUAGUUGAGGAUCGUUUUGAAUCUGCGUUGAGUUAUUACGAAUUUUUGCAGCAUCUCAAAACUCAAGUGAAAUAAUGAUAAAAGAGACUGUACACCAGACUAAAUGGAAAACAGAAACACUAACACGAAAGAGACAUUGUUGUUACAGUGAAAGUGUUUAGCAAUUGUGAACUGUGUUCAAAAGUAUGAACCUCAUAAAAUGAUUGUUUAUUCGGUUGAUUAGAAUGAAACACUUAGGGAUAUCAAACCACACACAUAUAUAUAUGUGUAUAUGUAUAUAUGUAACAUAUAUUUGUGUGUGUGCGUGCGUGCGUGUGUGA